GGGAGGAGUGUUCACCAGUAAAACAAUGAGACCAGACGGACUUUAGAUCCAGUUCAUCGUUCCACACAACAACAUCGGUGGCUCUGAAUUCAUGACAUGGCAACUAAAAUCCUUUACUUCACCGUGAAUGGGAGACCGGAGAAGGCUGAGUUCCCCGUGGGUUGCCCUGCCGAGGAUGUCAAAGAUCUGUUCCGCUCUGCGGCCGAGGCCGGGCCUCAUGACAUCCUGAAGCUGUACAACCCCAAAGGCAACAUCAUCAACAUCUCCCCCAGUUUGGAGCCCAACGGCCCAAACGCCUUCUACAAGCUGGAGGUGGUGGCCGCCGACCGCAACAGUGAGACUUUAGGUGCAGGACUUGCUGGGGCACUCGGAUUUGACCUGUCCUCCAUGGAGAAAAGACUGCAGGGCCUGGAGAAGAAAAUCCUGAUCGAGGCCUGUGAGACGCCUGCAGUUGUGCACGAGAUGAAGAAACAGGUGGAUUCAUUCCAGGAGAAGCUAGAGAAUGUGGAGCAUCUGAGCUGGCUGGGGUUGUUCAAAGACCUGUCCGAGGGAACGCACAAGCCCUCCCCCUUCUACCACAAGAGAACCCUACAUAAAACCAGGAAGGAGUGCGAGCAUGUGCGGGAACAAUUUCUACAAAUGAGCUCCCUGCAGGUGUCCGAGGAAGUGAGGCAGUACUUAAAGACGCCGACCUUCGAUAACUGGCAGUGGGAGGACGCAGAGAUCAUGGUGCUCCUGCAGGUCAUGUACACAGACUUAGAUUUCAUAGCGGCUUUCAACAUCGAGCCGGAAGUGCUGCAACAGUUUCUCUUUGAGGUCUACCGAAGAUACAACAACAUCCCUUUCCACAACUUCAAGCACUGCUUCUGUGUCACCCAGAUGAUGUAUGGUUUGAUCUGGCUGACUGACCUGAAGAGUAAGAUGGACAGCGUGGACCUGCUGAUAAUGCUGACCUGUGCCGUCUGCCACGACCUCGACCACACAGGAUACAACAACGCCUACCAGAUAAACGCUCGGACUGAACUGGCCCUCCGCUACAACGACAUCUCUCCUCUGGAGAACCACCACUGCGCUGUAGCUUUUGAGAUCCUAGAGAAGACAGAGAGCAACAUCUUCAGAAACCUGUCAAUGGAUCAGUACAAACGGAUAAGAGAAGGGAUCAUCAAAUGCAUUCUGGCCACUGAUAUGACACGACACAAUGAGAUUCUCAACAAGUUCAAAUCCAUCCUGCCAUCUUUUGACUUCACCAACAAGGACCACAGAGACGUGCUGAUGAUGAUUCUGAUCAAAGUGAGCGACAUAUCCAACGAGGCGCGGCCCAUGGAGGUGGCUGAGCCCUGGCUGGACUGUCUGCUGCAGGAAUUCUACAACCAGAGUGAUAAGGAGAAGUUAGAGGGUCUUCCAGUCAGCCCCUUCAUGGACCGGGACAAAGUCACCAAGCCUUCCUCUCAAACAGGCUUCAUCAGAUUUGUCCUUUUGCCUCUCUUCAUCGAGCUUGCUAACCUCUUCCCCUGCUUGGAGCAACACAUCAUCGACCCGGUGAGGAAGGCUCUGGAUUACUACACAGAGAUGGAGAAAGCCCUGGAGAAGGAGAAACAGAUCCGGGCUCAGAGUGACAAUGCAGCAAAGAGCAAGGAGGAGACUGUGGGGCCGCAGGGUCCAGCGGAGAGCCACGCGGAGGCGGGGCCUGAGGCCCUGAGAGCAGACGCACUGUGAGAUACGGUGGACGCCACCUUAGGUGAAGGUUGUAGCACCUCAAAUUGUACUUAUAAUGGCUCUUGUCUAUAACAAGUUGUAAAACGGCUUAUUUUGAUGAAAUUGCACUUUUCUUGUUUAGUUUGUAUCUCUACGGUUGAAAUGCACUUAUUGUAAGUCGCUUUGGAUAAAAGCGUCAGCUAAAUGACAUGUAAUGUAAAAAAAGAUUGUGUGCUUUUUAGACGUAUUUAAUGUAUUACAACCAUCUGAAUAUGUACUUUUAUUUGUUUGUUUAGUGGGUUAAGCACAUAUAAGUAACAUAUACUGUUCUAGUCCAUUUGUGCUCUAAUUUUGCUGUAUGCAGAAUUAAUAGAAUGUUGUUGCAAUGUAAAUACAGUGCAACUAAUUUUCUUCAUUUGCAUUUCAUUUCUUUAAAUAUAUAGGAAAAAGAUUGAUCAUAAGAGCUGCAUUCUUUUGUGCAGACAAAAUUGCAUGCAUUAAGACAUUUGAAUGAAUAUAAAGUAAUACAAUCUUUGCUAUUAGUUUAGGAAGAAAUACCUACACUGGUCUUUGGUCAUAGUAAAAGUUACUUCCAAUGUCCCCGCAAGUUGUCCACGUGAAGUCUUUGGCAUGACUGCAGGUGUCAACUUUAAUAUCAAAUAAAUCUUACCUUCUAAG